GGGCGAUCAGCUGUGUGGAGAGCAGGCUCAAAGUUCGUCUUUAUCCCUCUUACCGGAAAAUUGAAGCACACAUGGAUUCAUCGCAAUCGAUUUGAAGCGGAGAGGGACCAUGGAGCAACCUGGUCCUGCCUCAGAUGCGCACAUGAUGGAAGGCUCUCAGGUUGAAUCUGUGUCAGAGGGAUCGCCCCCGGUGAAUCAGCUCCAAAACAGCACGUCUAAUGUAGAACAGGAGGAACAAAUCUCUGACAGCAGCACAGAUGAAGCAGAGAAGUGCAGUCAGGCAAGGGAUGAAAUGCAAUUUGACAGCGGAUUAAUCGAGAAUACGUCAGAUGUUCAGAUGAACACAAAGACAGAGCUAGACACUCAAACACAAAGUCAAGAACAGGUAGGAGGGAGUGAGCUGGCUGUUGAUAACAGUUGUGAUAGCAGUACAGUUUCUACUGAAGAUGGAAAACCUCCUUUUAGUCUUUCAAACGAAGCUGGUGGUGCUUUGGUAGCCCCGGUCACCACUGUAGCUGAUGUGGUAGAAAGCUCUCCCUCUGUUCUUGAAGGAACAAUAGAAACCUUAUUAACUUUUGAUGAAGUGAAGGAUUCUCACGCCACCACUCCAAACAGCAAUGAGCAGCCAUCGGUCUUGGUUACAAAUUGUUCCACAGAGCCCUCUCAUGCUGAUGACAGUGGAUUAGUUAAGAGUCCGUCAUCCUACUCCGUCCAAAGCGCUUCCAAAAACUCACCCACCGACUCUACAACCACCUCCGGGAUUUCUAAUGGGCCCUCUACUCCCAGUUCGGACACUGUCAGCUCCUCGCUUGCUUCCAGCCCUCAAACCAGUGCCAACACCUCAGCCCCCUCACAUUCCUCGUCAAGCCCAUACGACACAGACUGCAGCCGAAAGCUUAUUUCCCAGAUCCAGCGCUCCCUGUCACAGGAGUCACUGCUGGACGAGCUGGAGUCUGAGCUGCUGGCGUGUCAGCUGCCUGAGGGUGAAAGCGAAGGCGAGAGGAAAGGGAGCCCACCUGUCAAUGGACUCCCCGCAGACCAGGAGGGCUGCAUGGUGGUCUUCGAGAAGUGUGUCCAAUACAAGUAUGCACAACAGGAAAAAGCUAUUCAGAGGUUGCUCGAGGAGAACAAAAAACACCAGGAGCUGAUACUGGGUAUCUGUUCAGAAAAAGACACCAUGAGGGAAGAGCUGAAAAAGAGGGCAGAGACAGAAAAGCAGCACAUGGCCACCGUUAAAAAGUUGGAGGGCAGGGUGGAGGAGCUGCUGAAAGAGCUGAGGGAGUCUCGGGACAAACUAAUUCAUCAGGAUCAGGCAGCUAAGGCUGCCCUCCAGCAGAUGCAGAAGGAGAUGACCUACCGCCUUGAACAGGUGAACAAGAAGUGUGACGAAGCACGCCAAGAGAAGGAGGCCAUGGUGAUGAAAUACGUGCGGGGGGAGAAGGAGGCCCUCGACCUGAGGCGGGAUAAAGAGAAUUUGGAGAAGAGGCUGAGGGAGGCCACCAAGGAGGUGGACCGCCAGGCCCUCCGAGGAAACCAGCUGGCCCAGGAAAAGGGCCGGCUGCAGCAGCUUUAUGAUGCCAAGGAGGGGGAGGUCAGUAGGUUUACUCGAGAGGUGGAAAAGUUGAAGGAAGAGAUCAACUCGCAUCUCAUCAAAGUCAAAUGGGCCCAGAACAAGCUCAAAAGUGAGGCAGAUGCCCACAAGGAGUCUAAAGACAAGUUGAGGGAGACCACGUCUAAAUUGGCCCAGGCCAAAGAGGAGACUGAGCAGAUCCGCAAGAACUGUCAGGACAUGAUCCGAACAUACCAGGAAUCGGAGGAGCUCAAGUCCAAUGAGCUGGAUGCUAAACUGAAAGAGACCAAAGGAGAGCUGGAGAAACACAAGCAGGAACAAACAGACCAAUUAGAGGUUCACCGAGUGAAGGCGAAGGAGCUGGACGACCUGAAGAGGAGUUACAAAGAGGGCAUGGAUGAGCUCAAUACUCUACGCACCAAGUUAAAAUGUCUGGAGGACGAGCGUCCACGCUGGGAGGACGAACUGUCAAAGUACAGGGAGAUCAUCAACAGACAGAAAGCUGAGAUUGGUCACCAGAGAGAAAAGCUUGAAGAGAUCACUGCGCUUCAGGAUCAGCAACAACGUGACAAACAAGAGAUCACAUCUCUUCGCGAGGAAGUGGAGAGCUUGACCAACCAGAUGUCUGACCUCCACCGUGACGUACAAGGCAGCAGGGAGCGUGAGGCUGAGUUGUUGGGCUUCACUGAAAAACUUAGCAGCAAGAACGCCCAGCUCCAGUCGGAGAGCAACGCGCUGCAGUCUCAGCUGGAUCAGCUCUCAAGUAGCUUCACAGAGGUCCAAGCAAGGCUGGAGGAGAGCAACGGGCUACUAGAUGACAAGUCACGGCAGCUGAAACGAGAAGAGGUGCUGAGGCAGCAGGAGGUGCAGGGCCUCCAGGAGGAGCGGGCAGCACUGCAGACAGAAGUGACCCAACUGAAAACGCGAGUAGAAGAGCUGAGGGAUGAGCUGGUGACUCAGAAAAGGAAACAAGCUGCCAACAUCAAGGACCUGACGAAACAACUAACUCAAGCCCGCAAGAGAAUGGAGCAGGUUGAGAACGGAGGCUGCGACCGAGAAGUCAGCAGCAUGGGGAGUCGAUCCAGUUCGUCAGGCUCCUUGAAUGCACGCCAUGGUGGGAGCAGUGGUGUUGAAGAGCGGUCACCAGAGAGCCAGUCUGGUCCUUCAGUGGUGGUGGUGGACAGCUUCCCAGAGGUGGACAAAGCUGUGCUAGUGGAGCGCAUCGUCCGUCUGCAGAAGGCGCUGGCUCGCAAGCAGGAAAAAAUUGAGUUCAUGGAGGAUCACAUCAAACAGCUGGUGGAGGAGAUCCGUAAAAAGACCAAAAUUAUCCAGAGCUACGUGCUAAGAGAAGAAACAGGGGCCCUCUCAUCAGAGGCGUCAGAUAUAAACAAGGCCCACUUGAGCCGGCGGGGAGGCAUCAUGGCUUCGCUUUACACUUCCCACCCGGCGGACAGCGGGCUGACCCUAGACCUGUCGCUGGAGAUCAACAGGAAGCUCCAGGCUGUGUUGGAGGACACGCUGCUGAAGAACAUUACCCUCAAGGAGAGCCUGCAGACGCUGGGUGCAGAGAUUGAGAGGCUCAUAAAACAGCAGAGAGACCCCAGGGACGAAGCAAGGAGGAAGUGACACAACCACGGCGCAGGAGAGAGAGGAAAUAAAAGGACCAAUAACAAUUUAAGGGAUCUCCAACCCGCCAUUUUUGAAGUAGACACACUCGUACAUAUGAAGGAACGAUUAUGAAUGUGUCAGUAGCACCUAAGGUUGCUUUUUUUUUUGGAGGAGGUCUUGAACUCUGUUUGGAUAAUGUGUCUCUACUUACUUGAGCAGUCACUAGUCCAUCCACAUUGGGCCACAUCUGUUUCCUCCUUUGAUAAUGAAUCUUCCUCUGGCAAACAUCCGUCUCCUCUGAGCCAUGCCAAGAUGAACAUUUGGGCCUGUUGCUUCAAACUCUAGACUCUGACUGCCUUGUAAAUGAAUCGACUGAAGAUGCCAUAAUUCUGAAUGUAUCGCAAGUUCUAUCUGGAAAAUUAGAAAACACUGAUUUACCAAUGAUUGUUCGCAUAAGAAAAUGGAAAAGGCAAAGAAUUUGUUUCCUGCAAAUUUAAAGUCUCCUGGUACAUCUCUGUCCUCACAGCGGCUCUGCAGUGAACUGAGGUGAGAUGAUCAUCGCCCAGCAUGCUCUCUCGACUCGUCUCCUGAUGUCCGUCCGCCAAUAAGCCAAAUGUAUUAUUGAAAGGCUGCUUCUUCAGCUCGACAUCAUUACACAGCACUCCAUAUGUGAAGCAAAAAUGGAAGAAAAAAAACAAACAAACAGAUGUACCACCUGCGUCAUAUCAUCGCCUUUUGCUCUGCACAGCACCUGCAACCAGGCUGGUGAAGCAAGGUGCCUCAUAUCAGCAGAACCACCCAUCUGUGUGACACCGGUGCUAAGACUUGAGGAAACAGACUGUUUCUUUGCAGUCUUCCAUGCAACCAACAGCACUAUGCUACCCAACUCUGAAGAUGCUUAAAAUUGAAGAAAAUGUAUGAGAAAUAUAAUAUCAUGCUAAGGUUGAAAUUUAGAGCUGGUCUUUAGUUUGGCCAUUUUGAAUGUGUAAUUGUAAUUUAUUAUUUUUUGUUGAAAUAGUUUUUUUUUUCAGUGUGUCUGAUUCUCUUUUUAUUUUUUAUUGUUGUAUGUUUUCUUUUGAGAAGGAUAUUCUUUUAGAAAUGUUCAUCUUUGCUCUUAACUGAAAAUAAUCCUGCAAUGAAUACUUCAGGCAUUUCUUGUUUUUUCCUCACAAAUCUGUUUAAAUGUUCCAGUUGUUCAAUAUUACCAACCUGUUACAACUGCAGAUGUUUCAGCCUCCUGAAAAGUGGCUUGUUGCUGCAGCAUCAUUGGCAUUCCUCUUUUCAGCUAACGGCUUGUAGAAACUUUCUUUGCACUGUGUGCAGAGCAUGAUCAGGUGGGGAAAAGACUUAAAUGUUAAGGUAUUUCUGUCACACUCCUCUUUCCUUUUUAUUUCUAGUGUCACCGAGUCCAUUGAAGUAAAUCCAGUGUAGAAGGAUCUGAGGAGAACAGGAGAUCUGUAGCUGUAGCUCAGGAAAGCAUACAGAAAUAUAUCCAGGGACAAAGUGCAAUGCUGUUCCUUUCAUUAGAUUUUUUUUCUGAAUGUGUUAGUGGGCCAGUAGACUGUUCUGUUUGUAUGUCUGGGUUUAUGCUUGUGUAUGUGCAACAUACAGGUCUGUACGACUGCCGGUGUUUUGCAUAUUUAGAAACAUCCAAAAAAUAGUGUGUGCAUAUAUGCGCAUGCGUGGCUGCAUGUGUGCCUUUUUUCUUUUUUAAACCUCUCAAGCUUUCAUGUUUACCAUGUGUGUACAUACUUGAGCCGUCAGGGCUUACAGGCCUUCACCAAGUUGACCAUGAAGUUUUUUCCCUCCAGAGGGGUAAACAUGAUUUGCAUUUAGACCAGAGUCUGACAGCCACAUGAACAUGCACACACCUGCAGCUCCUUACCUGUCCGCUAUGCUGCUCACAGGGAACACAAUAAUGCUUCUCUUUCUCAUUCACAGCUGAGAGAGUGUGUGUUUGCACUACAAACACAUAGGAUGAAGGGUAUAUAGAGCCAAGUCAAUCCACCAAUAGUAAAGUUUCCUCUGUCUUUAUUUGAUCUGAUUGUAGAAGCUGUCACGACAGACAAGCCCCCCCCCCAAAAAAAAAAAAUCGUGAAUGGUUGCAGGCCGAUCCCCUUCCAGUGCACCCUGAGGCUAUGUUGACACGGCCCACUACGUGAAUAGAGAUGAAAGUUUCCAGGAUUGAGGUCAUGGACUCCCUAAAGCCUUCGUGCUGCUGCAGAGGGUGCUCAGUGUUUGAUGUAGCAAACUGAUUCCUUUGCAAUGUGGGAUCAGUAAAUAAACUAACAGGCACCAAACCUGGUGAUGACAUCUUAAUUCUCCUUCAGACAGAAACUUACUAACAUUUUUAAACUUGCAAAAAAAAAGAAUCCAGCAUAGGUUUAGUAAGGUUGCAUUACAUCAUUUUACAGGUUUCUUGUUCUUUUCAGCCAGUUAGUAAACUGAAAUAAAACUCUUUUCGGUCUUUAAGUGAUAAAAAAUCAUAGCAGUCUGUUUAGGCAUGUUAAUACAUUUCCUCCAAUUUGAUCAGUGUGUCAACCGUAAGAGACGGAGCACCUGCUAAUAUGAGAUUUUCCACAUUUCCACGGCCUUGAAAUGAAGCCACGCUGCAGCAUCGUGUGGAUGAAUGAGCAGAACCUCACUAUACGGAUAUGAAGAAACGAUGUUCAGUAUGUGCGAGUGUUGAAAUGUGACGUUAAAUGAGAAGUUUGUCUCUUUUUUGUGUUUUCUCUCUGCUGUGCAAUGAUUCUUCUCGCUCUGUUUUGUGGAAUAUUCAAACUGUGAUCAUACAUUUGUAGAUAUUUCAUUAUGUAAAAUGAUGCUGAGAUGUUUUUAAAAAUACCGAUUCUGGAUUAUGUUUGUAUAUAUGGUGUUUCCAGGGAAUAA